GCAAUGAACCAAACGAGAGAAACCCUACUGGCCGAAGUCCGAUUCUUGCGGCGAAGGCGUCGAUACCUGUUGAAGAUCCAGUCUCCAAAACCUGAAGCAGAGCAAGAAGUUGUUCAACGGCAAAAUUCCGACGUACAUAGUGAAUUGCCAGUAAAGAAGAGGAAGUACAGUGUCAAUAAUGAGGCUGCCGUGGAAAACCCAUGUCCGGUGAUGGACAUAAAUCAAACUCCGGGUGGAGAUUGGGAGCCAUUGUUGGUGGAGAAGAUGCCAAAGAGUUGCCUAUUCAGCGGGAAGAAAGUGGGGAAGAAGAAGAUAUCAUGGCAGGACCCAGUGGCCUUGGAGGUCUAGUACCUAGAUUUGUGUCAAGAAAUUCUUCUUUUAACCAUUAGAAUAUGGGCAAAUUAUCA